AUGAUUAGAAAGUUAAACACUAGUAAUGUAUUUCUCAGACCUAAUGAAGAUGUUGAAAAUGCAGCCUUAGAGUCUCAAAUAAAUGCUGAAGAAUAUUAAAAAAUAUCUGAAGAAAGAAAAUCAAUCUCUGAUUAACAACGUAAAAUGUCUCAUAGUUAAAACUAAGAUCGUUUGGAAAUAAAAUUUGAAGGCUCUUUGGGCUCGGGUGAUCUUAUUAAUCAACCCACUUACUCGGAUGGCAAGAAGAAUGAAAAACCUACCCGAAGUUAUUUAGAAAGCGAAAUUGUUAGAACAGGCACUAAUCUACAUACUCUGAGCUAAGAGUUCAUAACUUUCAAUUCUAAUCUCUAAAAUAUUAGCCAACAACACCAAGACUUCAGCAAAUAACAAGACAUUAAAAUGUUAUAACUUGAUAAAAGAUUAUAAAACUAAGAAAAGAUUAGCAAAAAUAUUUUAGAAAAUAUGAAAUAACUGGUUGAUCAUACAAAAAUACAAGAGAGCCACAAUUAAAGAAAUGAGGAGAUUUUUGAAAAAAUCCUUGAUCAAUUGAAACUUAUCAAUAAUAAUUUAGUGGCUAAUAUGGGACCAAAUAUCUAAUAUAAGAAAGACCUAAUUUUGGGAUGA